AUGAACAAAACCUAUACAAGGCCAGUCAAUACGUCAUAUUAUAAUACAAAUUACAGAUACUCCAAUGUUAAUAAAGAAGAUGGAAAUACAAUGCAUGGAUCUAGGCGUGUUAUAACCUUUUGUUUGUUAACAACUGUGCUACCAACAAUACUCAUAAUUUUACCCUUAUAUUUAAGAAAUACGAAGUAUGCAGAUGUUAUGUAUAAAAUAUCAGACUCAGACGUCAUCCAAAUUCAUAGAGGCCAGUCAUCUGUAUUUUGUGAAAAACAUUCUUUAAAAAUGAAUACUACAUUUAGCGCAUUUCAAAUGAAAGGGACUCCAGAAAUAUCUGGUAAAAGAAAACAUAUAAGAAUAAAAAAGUCUAUGAUAUUGGCAGAUGACACCCUGGAAUAUUGGGGAUUUUACUUAUUGAAAGGUGCUACUGUAGAAUUAGUCGCUUGUUCUCUACAUAAAGGCUCUAAAAUUUUAGUUGUAACUGGUGAUAGAAUGUUGAAUACAUGUGGAUUACUUGAAGGAUAUAAACAUAAAAAGUCACCACCUAGAGUAGAAAAUCAAGGAGUUUUAGUCACGGUUAACAAGCCAGAAGAGUUAACAAAAAAUAAUGUAACACUAGCUAAGACUGUCGGUAAUAAAAUUUCUAAUGAAGAUGAUAAUCUGACCCAAAAUUCAGUGAGAGUGAAAAGAAAUAUUAAAGACAUACAUAACCCAAACACUAUAUUGGAUACGGGGGUUAACCAUGGUGGGAAUGCAUUAAAUAGUACCACCAAACCACAAGAUCCUAUAUCGAGUUUUGAGAAUAGUUUGCAUGAAUGUUUUCAUGACAAGAUGUUAAUAAAUAAUCUAACUUUCCCAAACUCAAUGUUAUGUAACAGUACAGAAUACCUGGAGAAGACGAUUACUCUUAAAGUUAGUCAUGAAGUGCUUGUUGAUGGUUAUUAUUAUUAUAUUUUUUAUAGUGAUCAAGGUGAUAAUGAGAUUCAUGGUAUUUUUGACAUCUAUAAGCCAACAUUCCAAUAUGUUAACAACUCUGAAUCCAAAGUAUGUAUUAAUAAAACUCGUUGUGAAUUUAAUGUAGAUUUCUUUAGUGAUGAGUUAGUAAUUGUAGAGAAACCAACCAAAGAAGGCUUACAAAAUGAAGAAAGUGAUUCAUCUAUUCUUAUAUCAGUAUGUCAUCCUCGGGUAUCAGUUUAUAUAUUGUUCCCUAUUGCAGUUCUUUUGUUAAUCCUUCUAUUUGCAUUUUUAUGA